CGUGGCGUAAAACAAACAGCUGAAGUACCCGGCAGCAGGGCUGGAAGGAGGGUAAGGAGGUCAGACGAGUCCGUCUGUAAAUAACUGCGUGGGCAGAGGCGGGUCCGAGAGCCGCGAGCGGCAGUGCCUCACGCAGCACCACGCACGGGACGAAUAACGUCGCGCCCGCAUCGGCGCGCCACAGCCUGCGGGCAGCACUGGAAGCACCUGCGAUCGCAGAGCGCUUCGUACUGACCCUGUGCUGAAACGCGGUGGCAGCACUAGGCUCACUUUGCUUACGCUGUACGUGCAGAACGGACAGCAAUCAAACUUUAAUUAAAUAAAGUUUUAAGCCCGCUACCACAGCCUCGCGCCCUCGGGAAACGGCGGGCUCGGCGCGCGACUCCAGACGCCCACAGGCGCGCGGCAGCCGCCUCCGCCUCCGCCCCGCGCCCUGCAUUGGUACGGCCCGCCCUCCGCGCCUCCUUCCUGCGGGGCGGAACGCGCCUGCGCAGAGACGAUGCGGCCGGGCUCGGCCCCCGCUGCAGCGCUGACGGACGUGGUAACUCUGGAAGCCAUGGACAUACUCUUUAGAAUAAGAGGUGGCUUGGAUUUGGCAUUUCAGCUGGCAACUACUGAUGAAGCAUCAGCAAAAAGUGCAUUGAGAUACGUGUUCAGUGAUCUCGCAAAUAAGCUGUCCUCAGAUGUUCUUGUAUUAAGAGUUUGCCACAGUUCAGUCUAUGUGUGGCCCAACAACGGUAUCCACACUAUUCCAGAGCUGACUGAUGAUUCUGCUUGCAAGGAGAUAAAACGAUUUAUACACUUUGAUCAAGAUGAUGAGACCCGACGAAAGCUUGGCAAGAAAAAGGAUAAAAAGCUACAAGACAUGCAGCAGGUAAUCAAUAUUGACCUCAUGUUAGAGAUGACAUCUUCAUUAGAUGCUUUGACUCCAGUCAUCGAAAGAGAAAAUAAGGAGCACCACUACAUUAAUAUGACAUUGCCAGUUGAUGUUGUUGUUUCUGUUUCUCCAGAAGAAACGUGGGGAAAGGUACAAAAUCUCCUGGUGAAAGCAAUUCACAAGCAAUUAACUGAUAUGGAAAGAUGCAUCAUGAAAUACAUGAAGGGAACAUCAAUUGUGGUACCAGAGCAGUUUCAUUUCAUGUUACCAGGAAAAAAUCACCUUGUAACAAUUUCAUACCCUACAGGUAUUUCAGAUGAUCAACUGGAAAGUUAUAGAAAGGAAUUGCAUGGGUUGUUCAACCUCCCCUGUGACAGACCGUAUUUCAAGAGAGCAAACGCUUACCAUUUUCCAGAUGAACCAUACAAAGAUGGCUAUCUCAGAAAUCCACAUUUACAUCUUAAUUCACCUGGUCCUGAGUCUGGUGUGGUUUAUUUAGUACAUGGCAUAUACAGUUAUCAUCACUAUAUGCAAGAUCGGAUUGAUGACAGCGGCUGGGGCUGCGCUUAUCGGUCUUUGCAGACCAUCUGUUCUUGGUUCAAGCAGCAAGGUUACACUGAUGCACCUAUACCAACACACAAGGAAAUUCAACAGGCCCUGGUUGAUGCUGGAGACAAACCUGCAGCCUUUGUUGGAUCACGGCAAUGGAUUGGUUCAAUUGAGGUGCAGCUUGUUUUGAAUCAACUCUUUGGAAUAACAUCAAAAAUACUAUUUGUCAGAAACAAUUUUUGGAACAACAGGAACACAGUCCGUCAAUCAUGAGGCACACACCGACAGUAAAUUAUUACCCCAUCCAGUGCAGGAUUGAGGCAAAUUGCUGAGCAGCCUGGAAGUAGUGCCCUCCGUCCUAGAUUUGUAUGACAUUAAAACAAGGGAUUUAUUUCCCUUCUGACAAUCUGACACUUUUAUGUGCAAUAAAGAACCCUACGAAUACGUUUAGGAGAAAAAGAAUAAUGUUCAGUAUCUACUGGAAAUAAAAUUACUGGAUUUCUACCACUUGGACAGCAGUAAGCAGAAUAACAAAUCUCUGAGCACUCUGUGAUAAAUAAAAUAAUGAAAUAGAGAAUGUAUGCUAACCUAGCCUGUAUGAAAAUUCUAUUCAAAAUAUUAGUCAUUAGUUAUAUUUAUUUAGACUAAAUGACACUGUGGAUAUUCAAAAAGAGCAUGUAACCAUGGUGACAUAUAUUUUUAAUGGUAGGAAAAUAGUUUGUUUCUUCAAUGUUUCCUAAAGCUUUAUACAGCCAAUUUUAAUCUUUUUGUUCCUCGAUUUGUAUUUGCAGAUAGAUAUCCACCUGUUAUUUACAGCAGCUGUGCUAGUGUGAAGUUUUUUCUUCCUGUGCUUAAGAAUACAGAAUACGUGCCUUUGUGAACUGCUUGGAGUUGCUCACAGUUCUGCUGCAAGGGAGCAGCAAUGUUUUUCAGGAUUGUGAAAUGCCAGCCUCGCUAGCAUGCUGAGGAGAGAUGUCAUGCUAUCCAGUGCCAGUGACCAGCUCAAAAAGGCUGCAUUUUUCUCUCAGACUUACUUUCAGCUAGCACCUGUAACUCCUUCUUUAUGCAAAUGGAGCUUCACAGCUCCAUCAGCAACAGCAGUGCCAAAUCCAUUAUUAUAAACACACCAUCCCAUUUCCCAGAGUUCCAGCUUUACACUCUGUCUGUAUUUAGUCCAUCUCUCCAGGAUCUGGUGAAGCAGACACCCAGUUUGUGUUUUAAAAACGUUAACCACAAUAUGAAGAAAUAUAAAGACAUCUGUAUGCAUUUCCUUGCCUAGCUUCUGUCGCCUCUUUCAGACGUACAGCCAGUCUUCUGAGGAGAGUAUGAGUCUCCUUCAGAAGCAUGUGAGCUCUGAAUCAUGGAAUGUGUACACGUUGUAUGUGUACAGCUUACUCUUCCAUAUAGAUUUAUUCUUUGUAGCAGAGUUGAACAGGAAAUUAGGGAAAUUAAACAGGCUAAGUUCAGUGUUGCUUUGACUACUAGUGAUAUUACUAGUGAUAUUUCAGAUACGAUUUUUUAAAGGUAGCUUGGAUAUGAGCAUUGCAAUUGCUUGUGCAAUUAAAGUGGAAAGCUAUCUUAAGACACAUCAGUAUAAACACCUUUAUUGGUGCCUUAUUUUUAUUAGGCUCUGAUGAAGUUGUGUUACUUCCCCUUGCUGACACGUGUUGCUAGUCUGGUGCUUUUUUUUAUCUCUUGAAGGGAGCCAUUGGGGUUUACCAGCUGUCCCCAGUGUGGGAGACAAACAGCAGAAACAUGACAGAACCUGGAUACUCCAGGUGCUUCAGUGGCAGUGAGGUUUACUGUGAAUUCGAUAGCCCAGCCAGAAUCUCUGAAGUUGUUUAAAGAAUGCUUUUUUCCAGCUUGUCCCAAGAGAUUUACACAGAAAAAUUCUAAACCACAACAGCCACUCUCUAAGCAGUUACCUGUGCAGUUAAUGAAUGUGAUGGAUAAUUUAAAAAACUAAGCCUUGUGAGGAUGACAGAUCUAACAUUCUGUUUC